AUGGCUCCUCAAGGAGGACUCGUUAUCGACAAAUUUAUCAACGGCGACAUCACAAACAUCACCUCCGCUCCCCAAAUAAGGGGUAAGAACCGGCCUCUGCGCCGGAAGAACGUCGAGGAGCUCACUCUCAAGGAGCUGGAUGCCGAGAUGCAAGCCAUCACGCGUGCCAACGAAAUUGCGCGCCGCGAGAUAGAGAAACGUAUGAUGAGAUAUGCGCUUCUCAAGGCCAGGAAGGAGGGCAUGACCAAGGGCAAGGAUGUCGAGGAGGUCACUGAUCGCUUUGAGAAGAUGCGCACCGAUGAGUAG